CAAAAACAAAAGAAAAAACAAUUUUCACUUUUUUUAGUCUCAAUUUAUCCCCUUUCUCUGUUACUCUUUCUCUAAAUUCCAUUUAUGUAGUGGUUUUAGAGAGAGAAAGCAGCUUCUUUCUUGCUGCUCUUUUUUUAUGAUUCAUAAUUUCAUGUGUUUUGCAUAUAUACACACACCCAUUUGUGUAAAAAAGUGAAAGAUUGAAGCUUUUUUUGAGUUUUGAGCUAGCUGAAGCUCCAUUAAUGGUGAACAAGAAGGUGAAAUAAGCAAGACCCUUGUGAGAAUAUUUGAUGUUUUCAAAAGGGUACAGCAGCAUUUCUUCAAAACCCCUCAAAUUUGCUUUAAAAGUUGAGUUUAUAUGAUCCUAAGAAAGGAGGAAAAACAAGAGGAAUGACUAUGAAGAUGCAAGGUUACCAUACGGUGGCUGUAAGGUUGAAUGAUCCAUUUGGAACAAAGAGAAAGUACACAUUUAUAAACAAAGUAUGGCUGCCCAAAAUUUUAGCGCUCUGGAUCAUGAUUAUGGUUUUUGCUAGUAGAGUGCUAUAUAAUAGGAUGGAUGCUGAAAACAAAGAAAGAAGGAAAGAAGUUCUUGUAAGCAUGUGUGAUCAAAGGGCUAGAAUGUUGCAAGAUCAAUUUAAUGUCAGUGUUAAUCAUGUGCAUGCGCUUGCUGUUUUGGUCUCCACUUUUCACUAUUAUAAGAAUCCCUCAGCAAUUGAUCAGGAAACUUUUGCAGAAUACACCGCUAGGACAGCUUUUGAAAGGCCAUUGUUAAAUGGUGUUGCAUAUGCACAAAGGGUUGUAAAUUCAGAAAGGGAUGAAUUUGAGAAGCAACAUGGGUGGACAAUAAAGACAAUGGAAAGGGAGCCUUCACCUAUGCGAGAUGAGUAUGCCCCUGUAAUAUUCUCUCAAGAAACUGUCUCGUACAUUGAGUCACUUGAUAUGAUGUCAGGAGAGGAAGAUCGUGAAAACAUAUUAAGGGCUAGGUCUACUGGGAAUGCAGUUCUUACAAGGCCAUUUCGUUUGUUGGGUUCUCAUCAUCUUGGGGUUGUGUUAACGUUUCCUGUAUACAAAUUCAAGCUUGAGCCAAAUCCUUCUGUGGAAGAACGUAUUGAAGCAACAGCAGGAUACCUUGGUGGAGCAUUUGAUGUGGAGUCGCUAGUUGAAAAUCUACUAGGACAACUUUCUCGGAACCAAGCAAUUGUAGUCAACGUAUAUGACAUAACUAAUACUUCAGAUCCCCUAGUAAUGUAUGGACGUGAACAUCAAGAUUGUGAUAUUUCCCUUGAGCGUCUAAGCAUGCUUGACUUUGGGGAUCCAUUUAGAAGACACCAAAUGAUAUGUCGGUAUCUUCAGAAGGCACCGACAGCAUGGACAGCAAUCACGACUGCGUCCUUAAUAUUUGUAAUUGGGUUACUAGUCGGCUAUAUGAUAUAUGGUGCAGCGCUUCACAUUGUUAAGGUUGAGGAUGAUUUUGACCAAAUGGAGAAACUAAAAGGGCAAGCAGAAGCUGCCGAUGUUGCAAAAUCCCAGUUUCUUGCUACUGUAUCACAUGAAAUCAGAACUCCAAUGAACGGCAUCCUUGGGAUGCUUGCAUUGCUUCUUGAUACAGAUUUGAGCUCGACACAAAGGGACUAUGGUCAAACAGCUCAGGCAUGUGGAAAGGCACUGAUAGCUUUGAUUAAUGAAGUCCUUGAUAGGGCAAAAAUCGAAGCUGGAAAGUUAAAUCUGGAAGUAGUCCCAUUUGAUAUUCGAGCUAUACUUGAUGAUGUGCUCUCUUUGUUCUCUGAAAAGUCUAGGCACCAAGGUGUUGAGCUGGCCGUGUUCGUAUCUGAUAAGGUUCCAGAUAUUGUUGUCGGAGAUCCUGGGAGAUUCCGGCAAGUGAUCACAAAUCUUGUGGGAAACUCUGUCAAGUUCACAGAAAAAGGACACAUAUUCGUGCAAGUUCACCUUGCUGACCAUGCACAAGUUGUCCUAGGGGCAAGUUCUGACACAACUUUGAAUAGAGGAUUUAAAGGUGCAGUUAGCAGUCACUUUAGUACUUUGAGUGGUCGUGAAGCUGCUGAUGAUAGGAAUAAUUGGGAUACAUUUAAGAAAUUAAUUGCCAAUGAAGAGUUCAUGUGCAAUGCUUCUAAUAACGUGAUAGGUCCUGAUGAAUUAUUUCAAAAUGUCACAUUGAUGGUAUCUGUUGAGGAUACAGGGAUAGGGAUCCCUGUACCCGCACAAGAGCGGGUAUACAUGCCAUUCAUGCAGGCGGAUAGUUCAACUUCGAGAAACUAUGGUGGUACCGGUAUCGGAUUAAGUAUAAGCAAGUGUCUAGUUGAGUUGAUGGGUGGUCAGAUAAACUUCAUCAGUCGUCCGCAAAUUGGAAGUACAUUUUCGUUUACGGCUGUCUUUAGAAGGUGCCAAAAUAUUACAACUGGUGAUAUGAAAAAAUCCUUAGCUGGUGAUCUCCCUACGACCUUUAAAGGACUGAAAGCAAUUUUAGUUGAUGAGAGACCAGUUAGAGCUGCGAUAACAAAGUAUCAUUUAAAAAGACUUGGCAUCCUGGUAGAAAUUGCCGCUAGCAUCAAGAUAGCAGCCACAAUGUCAGGCAUAAAUGGUAUUGUGAGAUCGAGAAACCGUUUGCAGCAAGAUAUGAUUCUGAUUGAGAAGGAUUCAUGGUUAUCCAGUGAAGAUGAUUUCUUAAAUCUACGACUGAUUAAUUGCAAGCAAAACGGAGAUGAUAACUUAUUAUCUAAGAUGAUCCUUCUGGCCACCAAUAUCACCAGCGCUGAGUUUGAUAAAGCAAAAGCAGCAGGUUUUGCAGAUACUGUGAUUAUGAAGCCGUUGAGGGCUAGCAUGGUAGCAGCCUGUCUUCAGCAGGUGUUUGGAACAGGAAAGAAACCGCAAGGAAAAGAAAUGCUCAAUGGAUCUUUCCUUCGAAGUCUGCUUUGCGGCAAGAAAAUAUUGGUGGUUGAUGACAACAGGGUGAAUCGCAGAGUUGCAGCCGGUGCCCUGAAGAAGUUUGGUGCCGAUGUGGAGUGUGCUGAGAGCGGUAAAGAUGCUCUUGCACUACUACAGUUUCCACACAAUUUUGACGCAUGCUUCAUGGAUAUUCAGAUGCCAGAAAUGGAUGGUUUUGAGGCAACUCGUCGCAUUAGGAUGCUGGAGAGCAAGGCAAAUGAGCAGAUGAAUGGUGAAUAUCCCCCUGCCAAUAGAACUUCAAGAACUACAGAAUGGCAUUUACCCAUUUUAGCCAUGACGGCCGAUGUUAUCCAUGCCACACAUGACGAGUGCCUGAAAAACGGAAUGGAUGGUUACGUAUCAAAGCCAUUUGAAGAAGAGAAUCUCUAUCAGGCUGUUGCCAUCUUCUUCGAGCCUAAACCAGUAUCGGACUCAUAGCAGAACUUCCCAUUCCUGAUUCCUUGCAACGAAACAUUACCCGAGCAUCUUUUGCAUGUUCUUUGCUGAAGCCUAAUCUCCAGUGUGGGAAAACUUUGAGUGUCAGUCUGCAGGUUGGAUAUAGUAUUUGGCUAUUUGCUAACCAGUUUACUUAAAAACCUCUACUGUUAUUACAGAAACCAUUAGUCUUCACUGUAUGUAAAGAUCAUAUGAUGAAGUUUGGUUUCUGGGGUUUGGUUUAGGAACAAUAUCUUAAAUUGCAUGGCUCAGUUUGCACUGUGCUGUGUUAUGUACUGGAAAGCAAUGCCCAUACUGUAUAUAUAAAUUCUCUUUAAAUA